CUAUCGUCUAACGGAUUGCUAUAAAAAGCGCAGAAUCUUUCCUACGCGCUUAGUAUUAGCAUAAAUCAUGUUCGCAUUGCUAUUGAUCUUGACUGGCUGCCAACUGCUGUGGAGUUGCCCCGCUGAGUGUACUUCCAUUAACGAGCCGGUGCCAAUCCUCAAAUCGGUGGCCGAACAACUUAGCUCGGGUUCCUACCUAUUUUCGUUCGAGUCCGCAGAUGGCACCUACCGCGAGGAACUGGGCAUAGUGAGCACCGAUUCGAAGACAUCUGACGACGAUCUCGAGGUGUCCGGUAUUUAUCGCUAUAUCAACGACUGGGGCCAGGAGGUGGAGGUGCGCUAUACGGCGGACAAGAAUGGCUUUCUGCCCCACGUUCGGUACAUAUCCAAUGGGGAAGCCUAUAAACCAAUUCGCAUAUAGCCAUUAGCUUUGAUGGGCACACAUUCUUAAAAAUGUUAGCCAGCCACACAAUUACCAAAGCCAAUCGAAGUUACAGGGGCGAAUGCCCGGCUUUUGGACUCAAGGAGCGGCACACGGCAAAAAAUAUAUGCAAACUAGUAUUAUUAUAAUAAUAAAAGUA